AUGGGCACAUGGGGAGUAUACCUUCAUGAACUAGCUUCCAAUGAUUACGAUCACGCUUGGGAUGUGUUGGAGCUUAAGCUCAAGGGUCGCUACCCAAAGUUGAAUCCAGCAGUUUUUUCCGCUCCAAACUCUCUGCUUCUUGUCGACGAGGCACAGGCGUCAUACAAAGAUGAUAUGUUCUGGGGCGAAAUUAUCAAGGAACAACUGCAUGGUAUUCAAAAGAGAGACAUGCGAAUUUGCCUCGUCUGUUCUUAUGGGAGUCCAACCACCGGCGUCGAGCCUGGUUCCUUUACCCCAGCCGAAUUUACCACGAGCCAACGCAUUACCAUCACUCCACAACCAAUUCCAGGCUCCCCGCAAUUUGGCCUUUUUUUCACCAGGCCCGAGUUUGAAGACGCUGUUUCACGAAGGGUCAAAAACCAGUAUCACGACAAUUUUACUCUACAUGAGGAAGCCGGUGACUAUAUAUUCUCUUUCACCAAUGGACAUCCCGGAGCUGUAGAAGGGAUAUUAUCCUACAUCUAUCAAUGCUAUCGCAGCCAGAUCACACAUGAGGAAUUACCCGUGGUGACGAAACAGCAUGUUAUCUCCUGCUUGGAAGAAGAAGAAGAAGUUUGGACGUAUCUCGGACGUUGCUCUAUUUCUCGCUCUUUUCCGAAAGGCCCUAGACUGACACCUGAAGCUGCCAAUGUCCUUGAAGAUAUUACGGAGCAAGGAAGCAUUGAAUGGGACAAGAAGAAUAAAGGAAUAUGUCAAUGUUUUGUGGAGGGCUGGAUCCAUAAGACCAUCGUGCUUGAUGCCACUGCCCCCCUUGGAAAAGAAGUGGUUGUUCUUCCGUCACGUCUGCACGAGAAGUGGGUCGAACGAAACCUGGGCCAUAAACCAGCCUCUCUGCCCUCAGAAUUUGAUACGCUUCAAGAACUUUGUAUUCAGACACUCCGUCACUUUUCUGUCACGUCUUUACGAAAAUCCUCUACGGGGAAGAAAAUGUCCAGCGCAGCGAAAUAUAGGGCGGUGGAAGCUCAGUACCGAGACGAGUUCUAUAAAGCGUUCAAAUCGAUCACAGGGCGGGCGGUUCCAAUUUGCUCGGAGUGGUCCAGAACGCAGAAUGGCAGAGUGGAUUUCUACAUACCCGAGAAGAAGUGGGCCAUCGAGUUCCUCCGUGAUCAUAGGAAGAUUGACGAGCAUGUCUCGAGGUUCCAUAAGGGAGGAGCGUACUAUGGCUGGAUACAGGACGGCAUGAUUCAAGAAUGGAUUGUCAUUGACUGUGCGACUACUUUGCGUACCAAAGGUCAGUUCUAUUCUCUCUGUCGCUUCAUGUUGCUGAUAGUUUACAGUCUACCCUGA